GUGGUCCAGGUGAAGCAUUGUUGCAAUAUAAUCUGCGUACGGCGCGGGUCUGUCCACUGUCCUUCGUCAAAUGGGCAGCGAGGUGCCAUGUCCACGGCAACGCUGCCGGUGUUCCUCUUUUUAUUUGCCAUCGGACUUGGAGCGAAACAUAAACCUGUAUUCAGUGAAGAAAUCAAAGAAAUAAUCCAGCAUGUUCACAACGAGUGCGUCGGUAAGACCGGGGUGGCUGAGGAGGAUAUAGCGAAUUGCGAAAACGGCAUUUUUAAAGACGACGAGAAAUUGAAGUGCUAUAUGUUUUGCCUCCUGGAGGAAGCGAGCCUUGUGGACGAUGAUGAUUCUGUGGACUACGAUAUGUUGGUCAGUCUUAUACCAGAAGAGUACUCCGAAAGAGCGUCCAAAAUGAUAUUUGGUUGCAAGCAUUUAGAUACCAACGAUAAAAAUAAAUGUCAGAGAGCAUUCGAUGUUCAUAAAUGUUCGUACGACAAGGAUCCCGAUUUCUACUUUUUAUUCUAAGGCGCCGCACAAGAUCUCAUGAUUAGGGAGAAUUUUGUUGUUAAUUAUUAUUUAUUACUUAAAUAUAACUAAUUAAAGCAUGGAAAA